UGCCAAGAGGGCAAGGCCGUCUGGGCUUGUUGGGCAGGGGAGGCAUUGCAUAUCUGGGGUUUCGGCCCCUGCGUUGUUCCGGAGGAUCGAGCCUCGGAAGUCGGGCCGAGAGGGUGAAAGGAUCACGGUUGCAGGCCACUCCACGCCACGCGGCUGGUAUGAGGCCCACAAACGUGGUUGUAGUGUGGGCGGGCUUCAUUAUAUCUUGAGAUGGAGGUGUUAAAACGUGUUGCAGACAAGUUGAACCUUCUUACGUAAUUUAAAUGAUUUAACCUUCAUAUGUGAGGUACCCAUUGAUAGCGCCGGUUUCCUGGAGGUUAGGCGCUGCCCGGAGAGACGCGCUGGUGGUCACAGAAUUAGCUCCGGGUAAAGCGCCGCUUUCUGCCCACGUGGCCUCUAAGAAUUGCAGAAUUCCAGCGGAGGCAUCGACACCCAAGUAGGAGUGUCUUCUAAACACUAAGAAAAAAGUGAUUCUUGAGCUAGCUUUAUUUUGAUAAUCCCUACUUUAAAAAGAAAUUAACCACAGGUAUACCAUUAAUGCAUGGGGCCAAAUUUUUGUUGAAUUCCGUUUUUGAGCAUUCGAUAUAUAAUGACUUCGUAGAAUCUUGUACUUAAGAAAGCUAAUAAGACGUACUACCAGAAAGUUACCACAGGGGUCCAUUGGGCAUUUAACAAAUCUGAGCUCUUGGUAACCUUAUCGUUUUAUAUUUUAAAUAUUUUGCUAGUUCAUUCUAGGAUUUAUAUGCAAUGACUCAUGUUAGGUCCCAAGAAGCUACAGAAUGAGACAAGAGAUUGACUAAGAAAACUGUUAUAAAACAAAGCAACUGAUGGAUAAAUCAGGAAUAGAUUCUCCUGACCAUGUGACAUCUGAUGCUAUGGAACUUGCAAAUCAAAGUGAUAACUCUUCUGAUACCAGCUUAUUUAAAACUCAGUGUAUCCCUUACUCACCUAAACGGGGGAAAAGAAACCCCAAUCGAAAAUUUGUUCGUACACCUGAAAGUGUUCACGCAAGUGAUUCAUCAAGUGACUCAUCUUUUGAACCAAUACCAUUGACUAUAAAAGCUAUUUUUGAAAGAUUCAAGAACAGGAAAAAGAAGUACAAAAAAAAGAAAAAGAAGAGGUACCAGCCGACAGGAAGACCAAGGGGAAGACCAGAAGGAAGGAGAAAUCCUAUAUCCUCACUAAUAGAUAAGAAGAAACAAUUUAGAAGCAAAGGAUCUGGCUUCCCGUUUUUAGAAUCAGAGAAUGAAAAAAACCCACCUUGGAGAAAAAUUUUAACGUUUGAGCAAGCUGUUGCAAGAGGAUUUUUUAACUACAUUGAAAAACUGAAGUAUGAACACCACCUGAAAGAAUCAUUGAAACAAAUGGAUGUUGGUGAAGAUUUAGAAAAUGAAGAUUUUGAUAGUCGUAGAUACAAAUUUUUGGAUGAUGAUGGAUCCAUUUCUCCUAUUGAGGAGUCAGCAGCAGAGGAUGAGGAUGCAAAACAUCUUGAAGAUAAUGAAUGUGAUAUCAAAUUGGCAGGGGAUAGUUUCAUAGUAAGUUCUGAAUUCCCUGUAAGACUGAGUGUAUACUUAGAAGAAGAGGAUAGUACUGAAGAAGCUGCUUUGUCUAAAAAGAGAGCUACAAAAGCCAAAAAUACUGGACAGAGAGCCCUGAAAAUGUGACAGGAUCAUGAAUGUCAAAGGUGAAGCAUAUAGAAAAAACAACUUCAUAGAAAUGAAUAAAGAUGAUAGAUGUGGAUAUAUAUAUACCAGUCUGGUGGUGAAGAAAUGCUGAAACCCAGAACUUUAUAACAAAAAAAAUUUCAACCCUGUGAAGAAGUUUGUGAAAGAAACUUGUGAAGUAGUAAUAAUUAGAAAAAAAAACCAUUAAAACACCAGAGAAAAUACAUAGAAAAAUUUGAAAAAUUGUCAGUUGAUUUCUGAAUAAGAGCUUACAGGUGUCCUGUGAGUAUUAAAACAGUGAAGUGUAGUGAUUUUAAUUUUGAAAAGAAAAUCUUAGACAAAAUAACUUGACACCCAACCAUCUUGAAGAGGGUAUUUGAAAUGCUCUUAUUCCAGCUUUGUUCAGACAUGACAAAAGUGACCUGUCAGAUGUUUAGUAUUGUAAUAACCUCAUUUCCCUUCCCAAUUUUAGAGUAUCUUUAACACUUUUUUUCUUUUUUUUUUAAAGACAGUUUUGAUCUGUCACCCAGGCUGUAGUGCAGUGGUGCAGUCUUGGCUUACUGCAGCCUCUGUCUUCCAGGUUUAAGCAAUUCUGCCACAGCCUCCUGAGUAGCUGGGAUUAUAGGCGUUAGCCACCACACCCAGCUAAUGUUUGUAUUUUUAGUAGAGACAGGGUUUCACCAUGGUCUUGAACUCCUGACUUCAGGCGAUCUGCCUGCCUUGGCCUCCCAAAGUGCUGGGAUUACAGGCGUGAGCCACGGCACCUGGACUAAUAUUACUUUGAACUACCAUUUUCACUUUAUUAGUUCAAGAAAAGGCAUACACAUUUAUUUAACAUGUACACACAGGGAGAACCACAGUGAUUACCCCAAUGUUCAUUAUUUUGAUCACCACGAUAAAGCUGACUACUCUAGUGCAUUUUAGGACUGCACUUAACGUAUGUUUUUGUUUAAUGUGGACAAAGACUUAUGGAUAGGUGCAAAAAAUAAAUCCUCUUUUGCAACCCAGAACUCAUUGUUCAGUAUGAGUUUUGAUACAUAUAAGAAGGGAUAUUAUGAUACCUGAGACAGUUAUAAAGGUUGGUUCCAGGCCAGGUGCAAUGGCUCAAGUCUGUAGUCCCCACAUUGAGGUGGGAGUAUUGCUUGAAACCAGGAGUUCAAGACCAGCCUGGGCAUCUCCACAAAAAUUGAAAAAUUAGCUGGGCAUUGGGGCAUGUGCCUGUAGUUGGAGCUACUCAGAAAGGGGAGGUUGAGGCAAAAGGAUUGAGCCCAAGAAUUGGGGGCUGCACUGAACUUUGAUGGCAUCACUACUCCAGCCUGGGUAACACAGACAGACCCUGUCUCUUAAGAAAAAAAGGUUGAUUCUAGGACUGUAGAAUAGAUAAACAGCAUGGGAUAUGAGGGAAAUCCUCAGCAGUAUUAAUUUUGCAUUCCGAUUUCAUGUUGACGAUAUAUAUGAUGGCUUUUUGUUUUAAAGGCUUUUAUCUUGAGAACAUGAUGUCUGGAGUUAAAGGUAUGUCUCAAUUUGAGUUGCCACAUAUUUAUGUGUAGGAAACAGUAUGUUGUCAGAGCAAGCAAGUUUCAUUUUAUUCAGAGACAUUUCUACCAUACUUUUAAUUCUCAAUUAUAUUGAUUUCUGAAAAGAAGAAUCCUAGAUUCUUCUUAGUGAUAUGUCAGAUUCAUUUUAGUUGCAAGCAUUAGAGGGUUCUGAAUUUGUUAGUUUGUAGCAAUAAUCAGAACUUUGGAAUUCCUACUUGAAGCCUACAACAUUAUUUUGUAUUAAUGUACAAUCUAAAGUGAGGUAGAGGAUUUUAUGGUUUAAUGCAAGAUAUAGUAUAAUAAAAGAUUACAUAGGUCAUAAGAAUUCAUAAAUUUGAAUGAUGCAGAGUUUGAUUAAAAGUUAUAUAAUGCCAAAGUCAUAACUUACAGGCACAUUUUCCUGUAUUUUAUAAUGGAUGACAACUAAUUUUGAGCCAAGAAUUAAAAUUUGCUGAAAUCUUUGAAAUGGGAAAACAACAUCCUCUAUUUGCAGUAUUGAAGUUCAUAACAACAGUUAUGCUUUAAACUUAAAUCUUAAGUUUAAAUCCUUUUCCUUUGGCUCAUCUACAGGAGCUACUUGAUGGUAUUUAUUUUUAUUUUUCAUUCCUCUGGCUCCUAAGCACAAUGUGAUUGUGAAAUUAUUGUUUUUGUGAUUAAGGUGGUAGGAAGUUUUUACAGUUUGCAAUAUUGUAAGAGCAUAUUGCAGUUUCUGCUCAUAAUUUUUUCUAUGGAGUGUUAGACUUUGUUAUUUAUAUAUAUAAAUACUAGCUGGGCACAGUGGUGCCUGCGGUCCCCAGCUACUCUGGAGGCUAAGGCAGGAUAAUCCCUUGAGCCCAGCGGUUCGAGGCUACAAUGAGAUGUGAUCCUGCCACAUCUCACUGUAGCCUCAAACCCUUGGGCUCAAGCGAUUCAGCAAGAAUCACACGAUUUUCAAAAGACACGGCAGAUCCUGUGUCUUUAAAAAAAAAUCAAAACCUUGUAAUAGUGGUUGAGGUCUAUCCCGAUGGGGCUUUUCCUGUGGCCUGCACGUCGUUGGAAACGCCUCAUAGAGUAACUCUGUGGUUUUACUUUACUCACAGGACUAUUGUUAGAUCUGUGGGAAGGAACUACAAGACAGUUGCUAAAAGUUUGAAAAAGACAGUUACUAAACGUUAUGAAAAACCAGAUAAUCUACUUUUUUACCUUAGGUAUUGGCAUAUACCACACAUCUGUACCAUUCUUGAGUGAUCGCUUAGGAAUGAAUGUGAUUUGAACUCAUUCAUGUUGAGAGGGUGUCAAAUUGAGAACCAGGCAGAUCCCCACCACCUACAAUGAAAAGGACCCUAAAGUAAAUUGGUUGAAGAAAUUAGAUCCCAAAGAUUCUUGGUGAAUUUUGAAGUCUUCAUCAGUAUACCCAUAUUAAAAGGAGAUGACAGAAGCCAAAGUAAUUAUGGGCUGACAGGACAGCUGGAUCAGUUUCAUUAAAAAGGGCAAACUUGAAGAUCUUUUGACUCCAGCUUUUUAGGGGAUCUAAAGUGACCUUGAUGGACAGUGGAAGAAAUCACAACAUGGAAUUCCUUGAAUAAAAAUUUAUUGACUUUAAA